GGCCCGGGACAGCAUGGCCGCCACGGUUCGGCUGCCGAGACGCGGCGUGCUGCGGGCGCUGCGGAGUUCGGUAUAUCCCCGGGUGGGAGGCUCAGGCUCCGCGUGCUGCCGCUGCCCUCUCGGAGGGGUGGAAACAGCUAGACCGAGUAAUUAGCCCAAGCUAAAAGAUACCUACUUACAGAUAAUAUUGUGAAAUUAAAAGAAUUUCAGCAUAAGAAGGUGGCUAUUGCGUAUCAUCUUCCUGGCACCAAAGCAACCUAUCUGAGAAACAUGGAAGAGAAAUUGACGCAGAACAAGCUCAUCCUGAAGGAGGAGUUGAAAACCUUGCUUCAUUUGAGCGAUUCCCGGGACGAUAUGGAACUGGUUAAAAAUGUCAUUUACAGGUACCAUGCAGAGAACAGAAAUGUGACUUUCGGAGAGUAUAAAUUUGGACCACUUUUCAUGAGGUUGUGCUAUGAGUUGGAUCUUGAGGAAUCUGCAGUGGAACUCAUCAAAGACCAGCAUUUACGAGGUUUCUUCUCAGAUUCCACAUCAUUCAAUAUUUUGAUAGAUAUGUUAUUUAUCAAAGGCAAGUAUUCAAGUGCAUUGGAAGUACUGAUAGAGAUGAAAAGCCAAGAUGUGAAGUUCAACAAAGAUACCUAUGUCCUUGCUUUUGCAAUUUGCUACAAACUGAAUAGCCCUGAAUCUUUGAAAAUCUGUACUACAUUAAGAGAAGAAGCCCUGAUCAAAGGAGAAGUCCUCUCCAGGAGAGCAUCUUGUUUUGCUGUGGCAUUAGCUCUGAAUCAGAACCAGGUGGCAAAAGCUAUAUCCAUUUUUUCCCAAAUCAUGAAGCAAGAAAACAUAGUCUGCACUAAUUUAAAUAUUUUGAUUCAUAUCCAGGCAAAUAUGUUGAAAACCCUGAUAGAGAUACUAAAGGAUGCUGCAGAGGGAAAUUUAUCAAAAUUUGUGAGAAGACGAGAGUUCUCAGAGGAAGUGGUGCUGCUGUUGCUAGUCGGGGGACUUGGACAGGAGCCCUGGGCUUCAGAUACCAUCUCUGGGUCCUCUAGUCUCUGCUGUCACAAAGAGGGAAGAGCAGGUAAGUACGGCCUUGUCCCUGGACUCCUAAGCAAGUACCUGAUGAGGUGUGUAUGUCUGCCUUUUGCCUCUACUCCUGAGGAUCCUCACUCUGAUGUUGACGCACCUCAAUCCCAAACCCUCUCCACUGGAGUCAAUGAAUCAGCAGUCCCAGGUCAUUAUGAUUUAAGAUUAGUGAAAAAUGUAUCUCUUUAGCGUUUUUGAAUUAUAUAUAUACACACAGAGAGACACAUGUAUACAUAUACACACAUGUGCAUACAUGUCCAUGUAAACUAAGGCAACAUGGCAGAAUAGUACAGAGCUUGACAAAAAUAACUUAAGAUUCAAAUUUACCUAAUAAUAUUUCUCUCUACAAAUUUGACAUACAUUAUGCAUAAAAAAAUGUGUGGUGAGCCAAAUCAUUGUGAAUUAACCCCCCAAUGGAAAUAUUUCAGAAAAGUAAAAGAUUUUUUAAAAGGAUAUGGUUUAUAUAUAUAUAUUUUUUUUAAUUUUAUUUAUUUAUUUAUUAGAGAGUGAGCGGGAGAGAAACAGCAUGAGAGGGGAGAGGGUCAGAGGGAGAAGCAGGCUCCCCGCUGAGCCGGGAGCCCAAUGUGGCACUCAAUCCCAGGACCCUGGGAUCAUGACCUGAGCUGAAGGCAGUUGCUUAACCAACUGAGCCACCGAGGAGCCCAGGACAUGGUUUAUAUUACAUAAAAAAUGAAUCAAGGAAUUAAGUUGGCUUAAGUGGCAUUACCUCAAAAAUAUCUUGAGCAAAAAUUGAUAUUGGUGUAAUUCUGAUUGAAAUAUUUUUGCUAACAUGGAGUAGAAAUGGGAUUAAAAAAUGCCCUCUUUUUUUAAUUAAUUUUAUUUUAUUAUGUUAGUCUCCAUACAUUAUAUCAUUACUUUUUGAUGUAGUGUUCCAUGAUUCAUUGUUUGCAUAUAACACCCAGUGCUCCAUUCAAUACGUGCCCUCCUUAAUACCCAUGACCAGGCUAACCCAGCCCCCCACUGCCUUCUGCUCUAAAACCCUCAGUUUGUUUCUCAGAGUCCAUAGUCUCUCAUGGUUCGUCUCCCCCUCCGAUUCCCCCCCCUUCAUUUUUCCCUUCCUACUAUCUUUUUUUUUUUUUUAACAUAUAAUUAUUAUUUGUUUCAGGGGUACAAGUCUGUGAUUCAUCAGUCUUACACAAUUCACAGCACUCAUCAUAGCACAUACCCUCCCCAAUGUCCAUCACCCAGCCACCCCAUCCCUCCCACCCCCCACCACUCCAGCAACCCUCAAUUUGUUUCCUGAGAUUAAGAGUCUCCUAUGGUUUGGUUUCAUCUUGUUUCAUAUUUUCCUCCCUUCCCCUAUCAUCCUCUGUCUUGUUUCUCAAAUUCCUCAUAUCAGUGAGAUCAUAUGAUACUUGUCUCUCUGAUUGACUUAUUUCGCUCAGCAUAACACCCUCUAGUUCCAUCCACAUUGUUGCCAAUGGCAAGAUUUCAUGUUUUUUUUUAAUGGCUGUAUAAUAUUCCAUUGUGUAUGUAUAUACUACAUCUUCUUUAUCCAUUCAUCUGUUCAUGGACAUCUUGGCUCUUUCCAUAGUUUGGCUAUUGUGGACAUUGCUGCUAUAAACAUUGGGGUGCAUGUGCCCCUUCGGAUCACUACAUUUGUAUCCUUGGGGUAAAUACCCAGUAGUGCAAUUGCUGGGUCGUAGGGUAGCUCUAUUUUCAACUUUUUGAGGAACCUCCAUACUGUUUUCCAGAGUGGUUGCACCAGCUUGCAUUCCUACCAAUAGUGUAGGAGGGUUCCCCUUCUCCACAUCCCCACCAACAUCUGUCCUUUCCUCACUUGUUAAUUUUAGCCAUUCGGACUGGUGUGAGGUGGUAUCUCAUUGUGGUUUUGAUUUGUAUUUCCCUGCCGAGUGAUGUUGAGCACUUUUUCAUGUGUCUGUUGGCCGUUUAGAUGUCUUCUUUGUGGAAAUGUCUGUUCAUAUCUUCUGCCCAUUUCUUGAUUGGAUUCUUUGUUCUUUGGGUGUUGAGUUUGAUAAGUUCUUUAUAGGUUUUGGAUACUGGCCCUUUAUCUGAUACGUCAUUUGCAAAUAUCUUCUUCCAUUUUGUCGGUUGUCUUUUGGUUUUGUUGGCUGUUUCCUUUGCUGUGCAAAAGCUUUUUAUCUCCAUGAAGUCCCAAUAGUUCAUUUUUGCCCUUGCUUCCCCUGCCUUUGGUGAUGUUUCUAGGAAGAAGUUGCUGCAGCUGAGGUCGAAGAGGUUGCUGCCUGUGUUCUCCUUUAGGAUUUUGAUGGAUUCCAGUCUCACAUUUAGGCCUUUCAUCCAUUUUGAGUCUAUUUUUGUGUGUGGUGCAAGGAAAUGGUCCAGUUUCAUUCUUCUGCAUGUGGCUGUCCAAUUUUCCCAACACCAUUGGUUGAAGACACUGUCUUUUUUUCCAUUGGACAUUCUUUCCUGCUUUGUCGAAGAUUAGUUGACCAUAGAGUUGAGGGUCCAUUUCUGGGCUCUCCAUUCUGUUCCAUGGAUCUAUGUGUCUGUUUUUGUGAAAAAUGCCCUCUGUUAUCAUGAGUUUGCAUUCUGCAAGAGGAACAGACAUUAAGUGAACAACUGCGCAAAUGGCCACAUUGUUAAUGGUUGGGAUAAGUCUGGGGUGAUACUUCCAUCACCCGUGGCAUAGAUAGUAAGUGGCAUGUGUCUGUUCGCACAUGUGCUCAUACCCACACAUGAGGACCUUCUCUGGUCUUUGAUAGCACCAAUUGUCUGUCAUUCAUUUUGACAUGUAAAGUACAUCGCCUUGUGUUGUUACAGGACUUUUUCCAAGUAUAUCUGGUGUCUCCUGAAGGACAAACUAUCCUACCUCUGUUUUAUAUGACCCCAAAGUUCCUGUGUAGCAUGUUACUAUCCUAUGAUACUAUAAUGUGGCCUUAAUGUUUUUUGAAAGGGUGAAUUAAUUAAUGGCAGGUUUUAGUUCAUAUGUAUAGCCUGCCAUGCUCUGCUUUCAGUAUUUCACAACUUUCUCAUAAACCGGUUGCUCUUCCUAUCUUAGUUUUACCUGAGACAGGGCCAAGCCCUAAAGAAGUGGGAUGGCAGAGAAGGGGGGCAUAGGUGACUAGUGCAUAACACCCUGGCCAGAGCCCUCUUUCUUAGUUUGUUUCCAUGGGGUUUCCCCCCAGUAUUUCUAGGCUCUUGGCUAAUCUGAGAUAGGAGUGAUUUGGGGAGAAAAGGAAAGUGGGGGGAGGACACAAGGGUUUUAUGUGAAACUUCCCAGCUACUAACAGAACAGGAUCAGAACACUGCCAAACAGCUUACCCACUUGCCUGCCUUACUGAGUUGAUCUUUUUCUGAGGACUGUGGCCUCCAAGAGCCUCAGGGGCAACUUUAUCACAGUGAUUAAAGGUGAGGUCUGGAAAAGAAGGCCCAGGGAGAAGAAAAGAACCCCAUAUUUGGCUGGUAAUCACUGUCCUGCAGCUGAAAUACUCCAAAGCUGGAUGCUUAGGAUAGGAGAAGAAGGCCUCAUUUAAUUAGGCCCUGAGAGGAAAAGGCACCAGGAGUCCCUGAGUCCCCCUGGAAGUCAUCAUGGAAUCAUGGUCUGUCACCUGGCCUGCCUGGGAAAUGCAUUGCCCAAUUAGUGGUCCCUCAUCUUUCCUGAUUCCUUUUCCCUGCCCCAACUCCAGGCCAAGCUCCUCACCCAGAAGAGCCCAGCAUCCCUAUGUCACUUAAUUCCCCAGAUCUCCCUCAUUCCCAGACAGCAGGAUCAUCUUGUCAAGGUACAAGUGACAUCACAAAAGAAGGCGUAACCUCCACAAAGUGACUGCCCUACAACUCGAUUUGAUUUUGAAUCCACGAAUCCAAGUCACAUGCUGGCAACUGAGCAGCAGAACCUCCUGGUGUGUCCCACUGCACUCCACGGGGACACAUUGUGUCACCAUUAAGUUCAAGAGGAUUAAGGAGGCCUUCACUUUCAUGGCUGGAAAUUACUGAAUUAAUAUCAGUUUAAAGAGUAUGUUCUGACUGUCGCUGGUGGCAGGAUGGCCACAUGCACGUCCAAAGAUAAUUCAACAUGAAUGCUGCUCACUGAGAAGCCAGGACAGAUGAAGCAACUCCACAUGAGGCUUUUGGGCCACAGGGUUUAUCUCCCUGUAUAAAACUAUGGAGAGCAGAGGAAAUGUCAUUUCCAAUUUAGAUGAGCACAGCGUUUGCUUGGACACACUGAUGCUGAAGUAACAAGGAAUUUGACAACAACAGGGCUUGGUAUGAUAGGGUUUAUAACAUAAAGAAAAAAAACCUGCUAACACUUAAUAAGACUUAACCAUUGUGAGGCUCUAUACAAAGCACUUUGUAUACAGUAUCUCACUUAACCCUCAGGAAAACCCCAUUUCACAGAUGAGGAAACAAGCUCAGAGAGGUUACGUUCUUGGCCAUAGAUGUAAUACCAGGGAGUGGGCAAGCACAGAUGGUCUGACACCAAAGCUCAGGUUUUUAACUCUGUGUACUGUGCCCAGAUGGUGGCUCUGCGUGUGUGUUUGCAUGUACAUGCUCAUAUGUGCACUUUUCAGGAAAGGUGGUUUAUACUAUUGAUUCAGCAGAACCUUGAAGGGGCCACUGAGUAAAAACGGUUAAGGUAUAUAUGCAUACACACAUACAUACAUAUAAUAUGCAUGUAUUACAUAUACAUAUACAUAGACACAUGUACAUACUUAAUGUUUGUGUAUGCUGUAUGGAUUUUUUCAGUAAUCCCUCCCCGCCUUCAUGCCUUGCUCGUAUCACUAGUAUACAGCUGAAGAAUUUAAGUGGACAGCAGAGGGCGCCCAGAGUCACUGUUUUUAAAAAAGCAUCUUCCAUUUCUGGAAUUCAGAGAGAACAGAGGUCCACACUGCAGGCUAGAUGGGAAAGGUAGCUGUAGAUAGACUUCCGGGAGGAUAUAGAAUGUUGCCUUCGCUCAAGAUUGAGAAUUAUCGUGUUGAAAGGAUGUUUUGAGAAGAGAGAAAACAGGAUGAUCCUCUGCAGAUAGUGUAUGGGGGGGUGGGGCACAUGCUAGAUGUUUCAUGAAAAAAACAUCCUCAGCUCCUUAUGAAAGAAAAAGAAAGAGCCUUUGUCUCACUUUGGAAAGUUUUCUCCUAAAGAAGAAAAAACCCAGAAUGAAUUGUUUGCUGUUUCUUAAUAAAAUCAUAUUGGGAUGUGAGAGAAGUGAAAAGGAAUUAGGCUCUUAAUUAUUUGUUCUGUCUUUAUACCUUCUCAAAUCCAUCACAUAACAGCAACCUAUCUCUUCCAGCCAUCCUCAUGGAGUUACUAAGUCUUGGAGCUUUCUCCUUUAAAGUAAGAGAGAUUUCAGUAUCCUGGUGUAUUUAUCACUGCCCAUUUCUAGGAGUAGGUCAAAGACCAGUUUUUCAUUAUCACAAACCUUAUAGAUAUGUUGAGAUUUCACAGAGUGCUAAUUAUUACCGUGGGAUUGGGAAUUCUGGUGAAAGAUGUCCCUGACAGACACCCGAGCCUGGGAGGAGGAGAGUGGCAGAUGCUCUUGCUCAAGAUGACUUGCUCAUAUGUAUACAAUAGAUAACUCUUGGGUUACCACCAAAAGCAGAGGAAAUUCUGUGCAACUGGACAUCCUAUAACAACUGAUGGGGAUAAAAGAAAGAAACUGUUAAUUAUUCUAAAUGUGGCCCAAUGAGUUGGUAUGGCUUAGGCACAACAACUCAGUGACAUAGGUACUGAAAAAAAAAGGCCUGGGGAAAAAUCCUAUAGUCCAUGCUAUUCCACACAUAUUCUCUUUGAUUUUUCUCACUUAUGAAAUGAAACACUCCUGAAACACCUGGUGGAUGGGCAUUUGGUCCUCUAGGAGUCUGGAGUGGAAGUGGCCAGGACUAAGUCUCUAUUUACACUGCCGUGUUAAACUUUUAUCCCAUCAGACGCUGCAGGUAGAGGGAAGGCCAUAUGAAGGUAGACUGCGCAGGGUGGGGGUGAUCUCACUAUGACAUAAUGCCUACACGGCAGGUAAAGAAUCAGUAGUAUGAAGCUCACUCAGGCAGGAUCUGUUUUUGACAAGGUUGAGAGCUAAGCAGCUAACCAGUGAACCAAUUGGUAUGAAUGGCAGCUCUGGACUUCUAUAUCCGUGGACUUCCACAACCUUUAUUAUCCCCUUUAGUUAAAAUCCUAACCUCAGUGGACCAUGGAUCCAGAUCAAAAAUAUAAAUCUUUUCUUCAUGUGGAUCAUUUCGGUUUGUUUUUAAAAUCCUUUUUUCUCCUCCAAACCAUUUCAAUUCUACAUUUCACUUUGCAUUUGUAGACAUGGCUUAUAAGUUAUUGAUUAUUUCGUACUCUGUUGAAAUCCUUUCAGGUGUAAAACAUCUGAAAAGAUAGGAGGAAACAAAGAUAACCAGCACACCAUUGCUACUUUCACUAGCCAAUCUCCUGACCCCGUUUUGAAGAUUCUGAGAUAAAUAGGUAAUAGGAGUCCCCAUGUCUCUGAGUUAAAGUUUUGGCAGGUAAACUGGGCUAGAGUAGGUUGGGUGUGAUUUUGCCUUCUCACAUUUCAAUGGACUAAUGCCUUAUGAUUUUUUUUCCUCCUGAACUCUACUUCCUCUUUCUUCUUUCCCUGUUCUUCUAUUUUGUGUCUUCCCCAUCAUUUUAUUCAUGCUUCUCCUUUGAGAAAAAAAAAAUUUAGAUCCUUUUUUUGGGUUCUUUGGUGACAGAAUCUAGCUUCCUGUGUCCUCACUCUUUCACUCACUGACUCAGAGUGGAGGCUGCUUUACUGGAACUUAGGAGAAACCUCAGGUUUGUUUUCAAUCCUGUUUUCUCCCGAGCAUAAAGCUCUAAUUUCAAGGGAGAAGUUCUGAAUAAGCCAGAUUGAGAAAAGCAAGCAACAAGCCUAAAAACUCAUGUUCCUCACCAAUUCCUCUUGGGAUAUAUUCUGGAGAAAGGCAACAAAACCAUUUGGAAUUGCCUAUUUGCUCCCCAAAUAUAACUCCCAUGCCCAGAGUCUUAUGCAGCCUUCAACGUGAGUUAAGUCCCUCAAAGUAGGGCAUGGGCAAGAUUCACCAGCUAAAACUGUCUUUAACUGCAACCCAAGGUACAGUUCAACUUUCUCAGUUUGUUCAACAGAGAAUAUUUACAAGUGUCCAUUUUGCCUGGAAAACAGAGAGGACAGAUUAGAAAUAAUACAAUGUGUGUGCCAGUUCAACAUUUCCAGACCUAAUAUUCAGAUACCUACUAACAACUCUGAAAUUCAGAUCCAAGUUUAAAGUCCAACUCCGGGACGGCAUCUCCCAUCCUCUGUUACAGCUUGGAAGAUGCUUAUUAGCACAAAAUUAAUAAUAUUAUUCCAUCACUUUCAUCUUUAUUGUUUUAAGCUGAGCUACCCAAAUUGCAUUCGUCCAUGGCAACUAGGAGAGGAAUAUUUAUUUUUAAGUUGUUCCAAUUUGUUCAUUCUUAGAAAGUGAUAAAUGAAUAGAAGAUGCUCAAUCAGACCUGUGGGUAAAAGGUCAAAGACUGUAUGCAUGUGAGAUUAGGGGAAAUUGUACACCUAAUGAAGACAACAAAGGGAAAAGAAUGAACCAUGAUGCUCAUUAUGACUCAGUUGACAACACUUUUAGGUAAAGUCCACACUGUUUGGAAAGCACAUUUUCAUCCCUGGUGUCAAAACCUCCAAAAGCACAUAGAAAAGUAAAAGAUGCUGGCCCGUGAUGAGUUUGUCUAGGGUUAUUUUGGAAGGCCCUGCAGUAUUUAAUGAUGAUAAUGAAAAUGCAUUUCAUUUCUUCAUCUUGUCUAUCAGACUCCCUGUCCAAAACAAUAAGUAAAAAGGAAGGAAGACCAACUAACAAAUAGCCCAUGACUGGAUUUGUUCCCAUCAGAUCCAAGAGAAACAACCACAUCAAGUUGCUAAAGAAAUUUACCCACUGACAAUGACAACAGCACAGCAGCAUUUGUAUCAUAUUCCCCACAGUUACUAGGCUGUUGUGGCUCAGAUUUUGAGAAAUUUAACCUGCAUGUAAAUGUGUGACAGGGCUUUCCUGGCAACCUGUAGUUCAACAAGGAACAGGAAGUGAAACCAUCAUUAUCACCACAAGGUUUAUUUUACACAAGUUUCCAUAACUUGGGAGAGGCACCUUGCUGCUUACUCUCUACCCUGUUUCCUUCAUCUGUACUCCUCUGCCUUACCUCAAAAUGAAGAAAAGGAAGUGCUUGUCUGAGGGGUGAAAGGUCUCAGGAAUUGGCUGUGACCCCUGGGGAAAAGGAAGAGGUACCCCUAAGAUUCAGCACCCUCCCAAUUGCCCCAAAACACUGAGCUGAGCCCCAGAAACCAUUGCCUUAAUGACAAUACUUUGCAUACCAAAGAUGUCAAAGUCCUAGAAGGUCUCAAGAAUACCAUUUGAGGGGCGUCUAGGUGGCUCAGGUCAAGAUCUCAGGGUCCUGGGAUUGAGCCCCACAUCAGGCUCCCAGCUCAGCAGCGAGCCUGCUUCUCCCUCUCCAUCUGCCCCCACUUGUACUUUCUCUCUCGCUCGCUCACUCUCUCAAAUAAAUUCUUAAAAAAAAAAAAAAAGAAUACCAUUUGAUACCAUUUGAUUUGGAGUUUCUUAGGUAACUUCAGCAGCACUUAAGACCACAGACCAUUAUGUCCGAACUGUAUCCCAACCAAGGAUGCCUGGCAGAGGGGCUGAGUGGAGACUAAAAUCCAAGGCUGCUUCCUCCUAUAGGAAACACCUUUUCCUAAUUCACCCAAAUCCACUGAGUGGACAAAUUGGGGGGGAGGGGGUUGUCAAAAGUCACCCUGACCCCUUCUUCUUGGUUACUCCCUCUCUCAAAACCUCCAUAGGCUUCUCAUUACACAGAAUCAACUCCAGGUCCACAGUCUGGUCCCUUUGACCUCUGCAACCUCAGCUCGCUUACUUCCCUUGCUUGCAUCUUUCCUGCCACAUAGGCCUUUUACUGGCCCAGAAGAUCCCUGCACAUUCGUGCUUCAGGUCCUUUGCACUGGCUGUUCCUCUGCCUUGCUCCCUCACUUCAUUCAGAUGUCUGUCAAAUGUCAUCUCCUCAGAGAGGCCUUCCCUGACUAACUACUUUAAAUUCCACCUUCUUUCCUCUCUAUUCCUUUUCCUGCUUUUUUUUUUAAAGCACUUACUAUUUGAAUUUUAUAUUUAUUUAUUGUUUGACUUCUCUCUGAAACAGAGGUUGAAAAACUAGUCUGAAGGCCAAAUCACACUUGCUACCUAUUUUUGUAAAUAAAGUUUUAUUGGUAUAUAGCUACUCUCACUCAUUUACAUAUUGUCUUUGACUGGUUUCACACUACAACUGUAAGUUGAGUAGUUGCAAUAGAGACUGCAUAGUCCACAAAGCCAAAAAUAUUUAUUAUCUGGCCCUUUACAGAAAAAGCUUGCCAACCCUCACUCUAUAAUGUAAACCCUAUGAGGACAGGGGAUUUAUGUCUUUUGCUCCCUCCUGUAUCUCCAACACUCAUAUUGCCUGGCACUCAGUAGGUACUUGAUAAACUUUAUUAAAUGAUUGAGCAUAUGGAUGAAUGAGUAUCCAAAUGUAUCUAGAAAAUGGUUUCCUUAAUUCAACAAUUAUUGAGCACCAACUUAUGCCAGGCAUUGGACUCUGUGCAGAGGAUACCACAAUGACGAGAGACCAGAAAAUUAAAUGGUGCUAGGAGGAAUGUCAUGUUCUUCAUGACAGUUGUUAUGGGAGCCAUAAAGAAAGAUACCUGACCAAGGCAUCUAAAGACAGUGAUCCCUAAAAAUGAGUUCUCCAAGCUGAGAGAAGUGUGAAGCGCAUUGCAGGCAAAGGGUAGAAAUGUAAUGGUCCAGAGAUAGGCAACCACAGUUGUCUGAGGGAUUAGUAGUUUGUGUGGUAUAUGAGAGUUGUUUGAACAGGGUUUAAACAAUUUCUUGAAUAAUCACUCUUUAUCUUUCCGACUCUUAUUCCCUUGGUUGCCACUUAAAAUUUGGAGGAAAAUAAUGAUUCUCUUCAAAAAGCCUACCAUUUUCCUGCCAAUGUUUUUGGCCCAACCCAAAACACACUACAUGUGUUAUUUGAAGAGAUGUCUCAGAUACAUUAUAUCAAGAUUUCUCAACCUUGGCACUAUUGACAUUUGGACCAGUAAUUUUUUUGUUGUGGAGGUGUCCUGUACAUUGUAGGAUGUUUCAUGGCAUCCCUGGGCUCUACACACUAGAUGCCAGUAGCACUCCCACAGUGUGACAAUCAAAAUUGUCUCCAGAUACCACUAAAUGUCCCCUGGGGGGCAAUGUCACCCUCUGUUGGUAACCACUGCAUUAGAUAGUGCCAGUAACACACACUAGACAACCUGAAGAUGAAAUGUAUUAAUAACCUACAAAUGCUGGAUGUAGGGGGAUUUUGGAAGUCCAAGGCAUUCGAGCCUCUGGAAUAAAAACUGCCUGUUCUUUUUUGUCUCCAGAUGAUCACCCAACAUGAUUAUGACAAGUAACUAUAGAUUUAGAAAGAUAAACAUUAGUUACUUCUUCACUUGGCUACCAAGUGCCAUUUUGUCUACAGAUUCAUGGGGUCUGUGCUCUACUGAAACAUGCCAAGUUAAAUAUGCACGAGGACAGUAGAACCCACCGACGCCCAUGCCACUGUGAAUGCACCCGAUCUUGUCUAAUCUUGGAAGCUAAGCAGGGUCAGGCCUGGUUAGUACUUGGAUGGGAGGACAAUAGGACCCUACUCAGCAAUGAAAAGGAAUAAGCUAUUGAUAAAUGCAGCAACAUGGAUGAGCCUCAAAGGUAGGAUGCUGAGGGAAAGAAGACAGUCUCAAAAGGUUACAUACUGUCUGACUUCAUUUAUAUGACUUUCUGGAAAAUGCAAAACUAUAGUGAGCACAGAUUAGUGGUUACCAGGGAUUAGAGUGGGGCGAGUGUGUACCACAAAGGGACAACAUGAGAGGUUUUUUUAUUGUAUGUUAAUGAAAAAAAAAUGAAAGAGUAGUUGCUGAAGAAUAUGAUGGGUUGUUAGUACUUAAUACAUGUCUUCUUCUAACCACAAUGAAGCAUUUAAAGCCAUAUUUUAAGAAAAUGUGCCAGGCAACAAGGCCUUGACCACCAGUAAUUAGAGUGUUCCAGGGGAGAGGGGCAAGUAGAUAUUCUGGAACCAAAUGAAGAGCUUUAGCUUCCUUGCUUCAAUUCCUGUUUCACUUUCCAUAGAACAAGGUGAUCUUCACUUCCCAAUCCAGGGUUGCCAAAUUUCACCCUAGAAUUGCUUGAGCCUCCCUUGGGCAGAAGAGAGAAAAUAUUUCAAAACGUCAAGUAUAUUGGAGCAGGCUUACCAGCAUCCUUUGAGGUGUAUAACAUUUUAUCAGUAUGACACUAUUGUGUAGUGAUAAAAGAGAGCCUAAGAGAGUGUGGGGCUAGCUUUCCAAGGCUCCAGGCAAGAGAAGGAACAGAGAGCAUAAUGAAAUGAAAGUGACUUGAUUCUAAAAGAGAUCAAUAUCCUGUUUUAUUAUUCAUAUGAAUAAUGACACCAGAUUCAUGUAUAUAUGAAAUAAUCAUCAUUUCUGAGAAAUUUUGUACUCACCUGAAAUAUCGAGUCUGUCAUCUAUGAUGAUGAUGGGGCCCAGGGCAUAUAUGGGAAGGUAGUGGUGACCCUUAUCUAGAAUCCUGCCCCAUGAGCAUCCAGUUCAGGGUAAGCAUAUUCAGCCUUCCUCUCUUUCAGGGGGUACUGCAGGCUGUAGUUUACAUAUGUACGAGAGGACUGUGCACAAGAAAAUGUUGCUCAUGUGCUUAUGCAAUAGUAAUAGUAAACCACAGGGUUAUCACAUCAGAAAUGAAUGUGCUUGACUUCUCAGAGAAUGAAAUGCAUGGCAACAGUGAGAAUCAGAAAGGGUCAUCUGCCUGAUAUUCAUCCUGAAAGCGACACAAAGCACAAAUGAUGUCACAAUCGCAAAUAUACUUCUUUCUCUUUGUCCGUCAUCAUCCAUUUGCAGCAACAUCACUUCAGUUGGACAAUUGCAGUGUCUCUAAACUGUUUCAGAGGUAGCCUAGUACACCAAACAUCCUCAGGAGCUGUUGAUCCUUUUUCCCCUUGGCUAAAUAUAAACUGUGAAAAUGAAGUAAAAACAACAGCCCCUCUGUGUCUGUAGGGUGGGGACAGGGCAGGGUGGCAGAGGUAAGAAAUACGUUGCAGAAGAACUGGCUCAUGACUUCAGUCUUCUUGAAAGCAGAGCUUUGAACUUUUUUCAUUUUAUUUCUUUUAACUUAUUUAAUCAUCACCACUGCUCUCCCUCUCCCAUGAUGUAGGGAAAGAUUACUUUACGCCCAUUUAACAGAAACUAGAACCAAGGCGUAUGUCCAUUAAGAGUUUCCCAGAGGUCACAUAGGGGGAAAGUGGAAAAAUAUGGUGUAAAACCUGUCUCCUGAUUCUGGACCCCAGGGCUCCAUUUGGUAGACCAUAUUGUAAAGUGUCAUCCAGCUUCACUAAACAUAGACCAAAAGCUAGGAGUUAAAGAUGGUUACCCUCUGUAGGAAUCAGUGGAAGUCCUAACCCCUAUCCUCCCCCAGCCUGAAUGUAAUAAUGCAUUCAUAGUUGAGAACGUGCCUGAUUGCUCUGAAGAUAUAUCUCAGGCAUCAAGCCUACAAGAAGGGUAAUCCUACCCACAAAGUAUUGAUUACUUCCUUGGUUGAGCCCUGCUAUACCUUAAAUACAGUGCUAUCUUUGUGCAUGUAACUUUCACGUGCCUUGGGGCCUGGGUCUUGCUGUUCUUGGAUUCCUAGAUCCUACUACAGGGCCCGUUUCAUAGUAGGCACACAAUGCUUGUGUGCUAAAAGAAAGGCAUGGCAUGAACUUAAUUCCUUAGAAGUGAAAAUUAAGGGAGAGCUGCACCUAGAAAAACCUUGCAAAAGUCAUUUACCCUCUCAAAGCCUCAGUUUCUUCAUCUGUAAAAUGGGGAUAAUAAGAAAACAAUAACCCUGAAGAGUUACUGAAUAUACAAUGCUUGGCAAGGUGCCUGUUUCACAGCAAGCUCUCAGUAGGUGGUAGCUCUUUGUGGUAGCCAGCCUCCAAGAUGGCCCCCAGCAACUUUCACCUCCUAAUAGCCACAGUAUCCUAGUAUCCUAGUUCCUUCUCACACUGAAUGGCUGACUAUGUGACCAAUAGGACAUAGGAGUAUUGACAGAGUGUGGCUUAUGAGACUAGGUCAUAAAAAUUAUUGAGGCUUCCACCUUGUUCUCUCUUGGAUCACCUGCCCUGGGAGGAGCAAGACACCAUAUCAUGAAGACACUUCAAGCAGCCCUAUGAAGUACAUGUUGUGAAGAACUAGGCUUCCUACCAACAACCAGCAUCAAGUCACCAUCCAUAUGAGCAUGCCAUCUUGGACACUGAUCCUUCAGCCCCAGUCAAGCCUUCAGAUGAUGUAGCCCUGGCCAACAUCUUGACUGCAACCUCAAGAGAGACCUUGAGCAAGAAUGCCCCAAUUAAGCAGUUCCUGGAUUCCUGACCUAUAGAAAUUGUGUGAAAUAAAUGCUCAUUGUUGUUG